UGUCUCUGAUCAGUGGGGUGGCCGUGACACAGGAGGAAUGAGCUCUAGCACAAUAGCCCUGGCCCCUCCAGCCAAGAAUGUGGUGGUGUAUCGCAAUGGUGAUUCGUUCUUCCAUGGAAGAAAGUUUGUAGUGAACCAGCGCCAGUUCCUGACCUUCGAAGCAUUUCUGAACGAGGUGACCAGCACCAUUCAUGCUUCUGUGGCUGUGAGGAAUAUCUACACCCCCAGGCAGGGCCACCGGAUCACCGAGCUGGGGGAGUUGCAGAAUGGAUGCCCAUAUGUGGCAGCUGGCUUUGAGCGAUUCAAACGGCUCGACUACUUAAACCCUGGAAUGAAGCAGCUCGGUGGGAGCAGGAAAAAAAAUGGUGCACAGAUCCGCCCUGUUGUCCCUCAGAAACGCACGGUGGCAGCGCGAUGGCAGAAGCAGGUCCAGCUGCCCUGCAUUAUACAUGUUUUCCGGAAUGGGGAUUUGCUGAGCCCCCCUUUUCGACUGCUGCUCUCCAGGAGCACCCUGCUGGAAUGGGACACCAUCCUGGGCCUGCUGACGGAGAAAGCCAACCUGCGCGGCGGAGCUGUCCGAAAACUCUGCCGGCUGGAUGGAAUCCCAGUCUCCAGUGGUGAGGAGCUGGUGAACGGUGAAUACUAUGUGGCGGUAGGGCUGGAGAAGUACAAAAAUCUGCCCUACUUUGAACUGCUGGUGCCGAAGAAUUCUCUACAUCGGGCAUUACGGAACCAUCCGAAUAACAGACGCAGGAUCCACAAUCAGGGGUUUGGUAAACACUAUGCCAACUCCCAGGCUGCAGCUAGCGACUCUGCCCUCGUCGAGCCACCUCAGCAGCUGGACUAUCGCAGGGUACAGUCCACAGGAACUGCAGAGAAAGACAAGACCCCUGUUCCAUCUCCAGCAGCGCACAGACAAGCCAGGAAAUAUCCAUGCAAAGAGUCGUCUGUUUUCCAUGCUAAGCCUGUCCGUGCAGGGCAAAACAGGAAAAAUAGCAGGAACGUGCAACACUGGCCUGACCAAGAAGAUGGAAGUGUCUAUAAAGUGAAAGAGCAGAGGAGGGAGAUGCGAGGUGCCCAGGAAGUAGGGGAGGAUGAAUAUACAAAGAUGGAGGUGCCUGUUGAUCAGAGAGCUGCAGAGACUGUGGAAGAGGAAGUCAUUCCAAAAACCAAAAUGACUGCUCCUGGCGAGGUGCUGUUAAACAGUCCAGUAUAUUUGUGAAGUGUAUGGGUUAGAGAGAGACAGCAAAAGUUGGGAGCACUGACAGAUCACGGAAGGCCCAGACAAUGAGAAAUUACACCAGUGACUCAGAGGAGGAAGAGAACUGAAAAAGCCAUUUCAAUUUUGAAGACAGAAGAGUUUAUGAAGUGACUGAUGAAAUGGAGACCAAGUUAGCUUUACUCUGUGCAGUGGUGGAUAACAAAAGCAAUUGGAUUUCAGAUUCAUGUAACACCAUAAACUUUGAUCAACUCUAAAGAUAUUUUUAAAAAUGUGUGUGAAACAACAAUGCCUUCAUUAUCUGAGUUUUGGAAAACAGGUUUCAGGUGAACAAUGAGUCAGAUACAUAAUAUAUUGUUAAGAAUAUAAAUUUAAUGUAAACGCUUUUCUUCCUUGCUUUGGGAGGAGGAUAGAAAAUACUUAGACUCACAUUUUUUCAUUUCAACAGUCAAAGGAGACGGUUUGUAUCUGAACAGGAGGGAUUUAAUGUAUUUAAUGUUUUACUGUACAGAAUAAUUCUAACAUUUCUAAAAUGUUUGUCAGGAAACAUGCUCCAGGUUACAAAUGCCCUUUUCAAAAAUGUUUCACAGCUGUUCUUUGCUCAGUGCUUCUUCAUGAGAGCAGCACAAUUUUUUUCAGCAAAUAAUACAUUUACCUCCAAAUCCAUUUGCAGGGAGGUGAGGAAAAGGGCCAUUAAAUUAUUGCCAAAUUUGCCAAAUAGUUGCAGCUAAUUUUUUUUUUUUUU